AUGAAGUGGACCUGGGCGACGGCUCUCCUGCUGCUGGGCUCCACCGGAGUGAUCUCCCUGUCCAUUCCUCAGACCGGCCUCAUCGAGCGCGACACAGAUGCCGCUCCGGUCGAUACGGACAUGGUGGAUCUCGAAAAGCGGCGCGGCGGUGGCGGACGGGCUGGAUCAAGCAGCAGUGGAAGCAGCAGUGGAAGCAGCAGUGGAAGCAGCAGCGGAAGCAGCAGCGGAGGAAGCAGUGGCGGCCGCAGUGGAAGCAGCUCAAGCGGUUCCAGCAGCAGUGGCUCCUCCAGUGGUUCCAGCAACCGAGGCGGUUCUUCUAGCGGAGGCUCUGGGGUAUCCCCAUCCUAUGGCGGCGGCAGUUACUAUGCCGGCGGCGCCAGGACCCCCUACUCGGCCGGCGCGCGGUCCUCGUCGGGCAUCACGCCGUUCUUGCUACCCGUCGCAGCGCUGGCGUUCUUCCCCGGCAUCUGGCUCGCAGGGGCCUACUCCUACCCUUAUCACCACCCGUACUACUACCAGGAUGAGAACACUCACAAGAACGAGUCGCUGCCCGUAACGUGCCUGUGCGAGAAAGACCAGGAGUGCGGUUGUGACGAUAACAACAACAGUACCUACUACGAGUCCCUGUUUAACGGCACGCAACCGCGCAAUACCUCCGCUGUGCGCGUGGUCAAUGUGAACGGAACCGAGGGGAUCUAUAUUAAUGGCACCCUGGCCAACGGCACCACCGCCGCCGAUGGCUCCUCCUCGAGCACCACCUCGCGGGCCUCGGGCCCCUUAGUGACCUUGGUGCAUGCCAGCGGAUACUGGGUGACGGUGGCAGUGGUUGCUGCGGCUGUGUGGUCCGUCUAG